AUGCACCAUCAACCCCAAUGCACCAUCAACCCCAAUGCACCAUCAGCCCCAAUGCACCAUCAACCCCAAUGCACCAUCAACCCCAAUGCACCAUCAACCCCAAUGCACCAUCAGCCCCAAUGCCACCAUCAACCCCAAUGCACCAUCAGCCCCAAUUGCACCAUCAACCCCCAAUGCACCAUCAGCCCCCAAUGCACCAUCAACCCCAAUGCACCAUCAACCCCAAUGCACCAUCAGCCCCAAUGCACCAUCAACCCCAAUGCACCAUCAACCCCAAUGCACAUCAACCCCAAUGCACCAUCAACCCCAAAGCACCAUCAACCCCAAUGCACCAUCAACCCCAAUGCACCAUCAGCCCCAAUGCACCAUCAGCCCCAAUGCACCAUCAACCCCAUGCACCAUCAACCCCAAUGCACCGUCAGCCACAAUGCACCAUCAGCCCCAAUGCACCAUCAACCCCAAUGCACCAUAAACCCCAAUGCACCAUCAACCCCAAUGCACCAUCAACCCCAAUGCACCAUCAACCCAAUGCACCAUCAACCCCAAUGCACCAUCAACCCCAAAGCACCAUCAACCCCAAUGCACCAUCAACCCCAAUGCACCAUCAACCCCAAUGCACCAUCAGCCCCAAUGCACAUCAACCCCAAUGCACCAUCAACCCCAAUGCACCAUCAACCCCAAUGCACCAUCAACCCCAAAGCACCAUCAACCCAAUGCACCAUCAACCCCAAUGCACCAUCAACCCCAAUGCACCAUCAACCCCAAUGCACCAUCAGCCCCAAUGCACCAUCAACCCCAAUGCACCAUCAACCCCAAUGCACCAUCAACCCCAAUGCACCAUCAACCCCAAAGCACCAUCAACCCCAAAGCACCAUCAACCCCAAAGCACCAUCAACCCCAAUGCACCAUCAACCCCAAUGCACCAUCAACCCCAAUGCACCAUCAACCCCAAUGCACUAUCAACCCCAAUGCACCAUCAACCCCAAUGCACCAUCAACCCCAAUGCACCAUCAACCCCAAUGCACCAUCAGCCCCAAUGCACCAUCAACCCCAAUGCACCAUCAACCCCAAUGCACCAUCAGCCCCAAUGCACCAUCAGCCCCAAUGCACCAUCAGCCCCAAUGCACCAUCAACCCCAAUAGCGACAAAACAAAUCAAUGGAUUGUGUCUGAGUCAGACAUACACAGCAAGGCUAUCAGACAGUUCCCCAGGUACAAGUCUGAGUCAGACAUACACAGCAAGGCUAUCAGACAGUUCCCCAGGUACAAGUCUGAGUCAGACAUACAGGGCAAGGCUAUCAGACAGUUCCCCAGGUACAAGUCUGAGUCAGACAUACACAGCAAGGCUAUCAGACAGUUCCCCAGGUACAAGUCUGAGUCAGACAUACACAGCAAGGCUAUCAGACAGUUCCCCAGGUACAAGUCUGAGUCAGACAUACAGGGCAAGGCUAUCAGACAGUUCCCCAGGUACAAGUCUGAGUCAGACAUACACAGCAAGGCUAUCAGACAGUUCCCCAGGUACAAGUCUGAGUCAGACAUACACAGCAAGGCUAUCAGACAGUUCCCCAGGUACAAGUCUGAGUCAGACAUACACAGCAAGGCUAUCAGACAGUUCCCCAGGUACAAGUCUGAGUCAGACAUACACAGCAAGGCUAUCAGACAGUUCCCCAGGUACAAGUCUCAGUCAGACAUACACAGCAAGGCUAUCAGACAGUUCCCCAGGUACAAGUCUCAGUCAGACAUACACAGCAAGGCUAUCAGACAGUUCCCCAGGUACAAGUCUGAGUCAGACAUACACAGCAAGGCUAUCAGACAGUUCCCCGGGUACAAGUCUGAGUCAGACAUACACAGCAAGGCUAUCAGACAGUUCCCCAGGUACAAGUCUGAGUCAGACAUACACAGCAAGGCUAUCAGACAGUUCCCCAGGUACAAGUCUGAGUCAGACAUACACAGCAAGGCUAUCAGACAGUUCCCCAGGUACAAGUCUGAGUCAGACAUACACAGCAAGGCUAUCAGACAGUUCCCCAGGUACAAGUCUGAGUCAGACAUACACAGCAAGGCUAUCAGACAGUUCCCCAGGUACAAGUCUGAGUCAGACAUACACAGCAAGGCUAUCAGACAGUUCCCCAGGUACAAGUCUGAGUCAGACAUACACAGCAAGGCUAUCAGACAGUUCCCCAGGUACAAGUCUGAGUCAGACAUACACAGCAAGGCUAUCAGACAGUUCCCCGACAUACACAGCAAGGCUAUCAGACAGUUCCCCAGGUACAAGUCUCAGUCAGACAUACACAGCAAGGCUAUCAGACAGUUCCCCAGGUACAAGUCUGAGUCAGACAUACACAGCAAGGCUAUCAGACAGUUCCCCAGGUACAAGUCUGAGUCAGACAUACACAGCAAGGCUAUCAGACAGUUCCCCAGGUACAAGUCUGAGUCAGACAUACACAGCAAGGCUAUCAGACAGUUCCCCAGGUACAAGUCUGAGUCAGACAUACACAGCAAGGCUAUCAGACAGUUCCCCAGGUAA